AUGCCUGCCGACCCGGUAGAUUCAGUUGAUCUAGACGACGAGCCCUAUGACUCGGCCGAAGAUGAAGAUUUCCAGCUAGAUGGAGCCCAGGAAGAGUCCGAUUUGUCGUCGUCCGACAAUGAGACCGCCGAACCCGUCAAGAAGAAGCGCAAGACCGAUAAGAAAGCUGAGAUCCCCGAGGAAGAGCUUGACUCUGGUGAUGAAGCCACGAUUCGCAAAGCGCGUGAGAAACGACAAAAGAAGGGAAAGAGAGGCAAAGGCAAGCAUGAUGAAGAUGAUUUUGAUCUUGAUGAUGAAGGGGGACCGGGUGGCUUCGUGCGAACACGCGCGAUGAAGGCGCAGAUACAGGAAGAGCGCAAGCCGCUAGCCAAAAUCGACGGCGCCACUGUCGACGUGAACGCCCUCUGGGAACAGAUGAACGCUCCCGACAGCCAUCUGGGUCUGCGGCCAUCACAGACGCAGACGCAGCAGGAAAAGACCCCGGCCCCAGAGCCCGAUCACGCCGCGGACACGGAAACCAAAGAACAAAGUGCCCCAGAGCCGGACGACAACGCGCGCCAUGGCCGGUACGAGCAGCAGAUGAUCAAGAUCAAGCGCACCUACAAAUUCGCCGGCGAGAUGAUUACCGAAGAGAAGACAGUUCCUAAGGAUUCUGCCGAGGCCAAGGCUUUCCUGUCGUCGGGUGAUAACGUCGAAUAUGCUGAAGUGGACGGUGUCCCUAACCGCAAUCUGCGUCGACCACUACGCAAGAUUUCGCGAUUCGAUCCCAAUCCGACCGGCACGAUCAAGAAGAGCUGGGAGAAGCAGGCCGUCGAGGCCGACAAGGACGCGAGCGGACCUAAGAUCAACACCGUGGAGAAAUCCCGCCUCGACUGGGCACAAUAUGUGGAUGAGGCCGGUAUCAAAGAUGAACUGCGCACUCACUCCAAGGCCAAGGAGGGAUAUAUGGGCCGCAUGGAUUUCUUGGGUCGUGUGGACGCAAAAAGAGACGAAGAGGCACGUCAAGCACGACUCAAGGGCAUGUGA